UGGGGCGGGCGCAGCGAGCCGGCGCAGCUGUCCGGAAUCAUGACUGAAGAUGACGGAUUCCGUGGUGGUGGAGGGUCACGUCAAGUUGAGGGACGGAAAAAAGUGGAAGAGCAGGUGGCUGGUGCUGCGCAAGCCCUCCCCGGUGGCAGUUUUGCUUCUUUUAGACUGUUUGCUCAUGCUGGUGUCAGUAUAUAUCACGAGCAAAAGGGCACAAGGAGAGGAGCAGCAUGACCUUAGAAGACAUCUGUGGCUUGGAGCCUGGGCUCUCCUAUGAGGGCCUGAAUCACACACUCGCAAU